UUCGAAGGCUCAGUCCGCGGCUCGUAGCCGGUGCGGGCGGCUGCGUCUGGAAAAGGAAGCGGCGCUGCUGCGCUGCUGGUUUGGAUAAGCAGGAUUUGGUGGGGAAAGCAGAGGCGCGCGUGGCUUUUCCUGGAUGCGCCUGGCUUGGAGGGCGUAACAAGUGUCGCUUCCUCCUCGUUUCCUCCCCUUUUUUUCGUAUUUUUGCUGCUUUCCCCUUACCUUGCUCCUUAAUAUUUUUUGUUUCCGUUUUUCUCCGUGCCGAGGCUGCAUUGCAAGCGAGGAUUUAUUUGCUGCGCGGCUGCCGCUGCACCGACGUUCGUGCGCGCGUGUUUUUCUCUCUUUUUUUUCCCUCUGCCUCCUUCCCGCUUUUCCUCCCUCUCCUCUUUUUGUUUUCUUCUGCCUGGCGUGUUAGGCGAGCCCGGGUCCCCCACCUUCCCUCGGGCAGGCGGGGCGGGCCAUGGAGGAGAAGUACCUGCCGGAGCUGAUGGCGGAGAAGGUCCUGGAUCCGUCUUCACCCCACGCGCUGAGACUGGUUAACCAAGAAAUUGAAAAAUUCCAAAAAGGGGAGGAAGGCAAGGAAGAAGAAAAGUACAUUGAUGUGGUGAUUAACAAAAAUAUGAAAUUGGGACAGAAAGUAUUAAUUCCAGUAAAACAGUUUCCCAAGUUCAACUUUGUGGGGAAACUUUUGGGCCCACGUGGCAAUUCUCUGAAGCGCUUGCAAGAAGAGACAUUGACAAAAAUGUCAAUAUUGGGAAAAGGAUCCAUGAGGGACAAGGCAAAGGAAGAAGAGUUGAGAAAAAGCGGAGAAGCAAAAUACUUCCACCUAAACGAUGACCUGCAUGUGUUAAUUGAAGUGUUUGCCCCACCAGCAGAAGCAUAUGCCAGAAUGGGGCAUGCGCUGGAAGAAAUCAAGAAGUUCCUCAUCCCCGACUACAAUGAUGAAAUCAGACAGGCACAAUUACAGGAAUUAACUUAUUUGAAUGGUGGCUCUGAAAAUGCAGAUGUUCCAGUAGUUCGCGGAAAGCCUCCUUUACGAGCACGGGGAGUGCCAGCUCCUACAUUGGCAAGAACUCGCGGAGGUGUGCCACCCCCACCUGCAGGCAUCCCAAGAGGGGCACCCGCACCCAGAGGAAUACCCCCUGGCAGAGGUCCCAUCACUCGUGGCCGGGGUCUUCUAACUCCCAGAGCAAGAGGGGUUCCACCGUCUGCAGGCUACCGACCCCUUCCUCCUCCUCCAGCACAAGAUACCUAUGGAGAAUACGACUAUGACGAUGGAUAUGGCACUUCAUACGAUGAACAGAGCUACGAUUCCUAUGAUAACAGCUAUAGUACUUCAGCACAAAGUGGUGGCGAUUACUAUGAUUACGCCCAUGGCCUGAGUGACGACACAUAUGAUUCUUACAGACAGGAAGAAUGGACCAGUUCAAGACACAAGGCACCUUCAGCAAGGACAACAAAAGGAGGCUACAGAGAGCAGCCAUAUGCCAGAUACUGAUUACACUGUCUGAUGUUGUGAAAUACCCAAUCUCCACCAGUCCUGUAUACUGUUCAAAGUAAUUUUUUUCUAUGAACAAUCCCUUUUUAUUAAAAUCAAAGUGCUUAAUCUGAA